GCGCAGAAAGGACAGCGGGGAGCACAAAGGAAUGAAAACAGCACCUCGAAAACUUUUAACUUCAACCUGUUGUGAUGUGAAUUCAUGUGAGCGUUAAUUCUACUGUGAGUUUUGGCGGCUGGCAGGCUGACAACUGCCUGAGAAGCACAGGGAAUGUGAGUGAUCGGAGUGAAGCGGCAGGGCGCACCGCUGUCUCCGACCAUCGCUGCUUUUUGUCAGCUGAGCUGUUUGCAUCCCGAGGCCCAGACGGUAUCACGGGCCUUAGCCCAGAAGGACAUAUUUCCUGCACAGUCAUAAACUUGCUCCAACAUGGGGGUCAAAACCUUCACACACAGUUCGACCUCCCACAGCCAGGAGAUGCUGGAGAAGCUCAACGCUUUACGCAACGAGGGACACUUAUGUGAUGUCACUAUUCGGGUUCAGGACAAGCUCUUUCUGGCCCACAAAGUGGUCCUGGCUUGCUGCAGUGAAUUCUUCCGCUCUAAACUGGUGGGCCGGCCAGAGGAGGAGGAUAAGUUUGUGUUGGACCUUCAUCAUGUGACCGUUAGUGGCUUCGCUCCUCUGUUGGAAUAUGCAUACACAUCUACCCUAUCCAUUAGCACGGAGAAUAUCAUUGACGUUCUGGCAGCUGCAAGUUACAUGCAGAUGUUUGCUGUUGCUAGCACAUGUUCAGAGUUCAUGAAGUCUAGUAUUCUGUGGGGCCCUGGUAACAACAGCAACAAUAACAACAUUGCGGCAGAUAAACCGCACGAAUCAGCACCAGAGAGCGCCUCAUCAAACUGUGCCCUGACGCCAUUGGACGGCAGCGUGUCACCUGUUUCAUCUGAUUGCAGCGUGAUGGAGAGAAAUGUUCCUAUAUGCCGAGAAUCGCGAAGGAAGCGCAAAAGUUUUGUAACAAUGGCAUCGCCAGAGAGUCCCCUCAAAUGCACUACACAGAUGGUCACCACGUCCCCUCAGAUCCCCAACCCAUCCCCAUCAUUCUCAGACAGCACAGCCCAGCCUGUGGAGUCCUCCCUGGCCUUCCCAUGGACGUUCCCGUUCGGUAUCGACCGGAGGUUCCACUCAGACAAAUCAAAGCUCCCGGAGAGCCCUCGUUGUUUAGAGCAGGGCACCCCAGGGACUUCAGAGGUGGUAGUCGCCCGGCGGCUCAGUGACUUCCUAACAUGUGAGAGCUCCAAGGUGGUGGCGUCGCCAGUGCCGGCAGAAGAGGAAGAUGUGAGGGUGAAGGUGGAGCGUCUCAGUGAUGAGGAGGUCCAGGAGGCGUCCUCGCAGCCAGUCAGUGCCUCUCAGAGCUCGCUGAGUGACCAGCAGACAGUACCAGGCAGUGAACAGGUCCAGGAGGAGCUUCUCAUCAGUCCACAGUCCUCCUCUAUAGGGUCAAUGGAUGAGGGAGUGUCUGAGGGCUUGCCGUCAAUGCAGAGCACCUCUAACACAGGAGGACAUGCUGAAGAUGACGAAAGGUUAGAAGGCAUUCAAUAUCCGUACCACCUCUAUAUCAGCCCCUCAGCCAGGCCCGGCACAAAUGGCCCUGACAGGCCCUUCCAAUGUCCAACCUGCGGCGUCAGAUUCACACGCAUUCAAAAUCUGAAGCAGCAUAUGCUCAUACACUCCGGCAUUAAGCCUUUCCAGUGUGACCGCUGUGGGAAAAAGUUCACACGGGCCUACUCCCUAAAGAUGCAUCGGCUGAAGCACGAAGGUAAACGAUGUUUCCGGUGCCAGAUUUGUAGCGCCACAUUCACGUCCUUCGGUGAAUAUAAGCACCACAUGAGGGUCUCCCGACACAUAAUCCGCAAGCCGCGGAUUUACGAGUGCAAAACGUGCGGGGCCAUGUUCACCAACUCUGGCAAUUUAAUUGUACACCUGAGGAGUCUGAACCAUGAGGCAUCCGAACUAGCAAACUACUUCCAGAGCAGUGAUUUCCUCGUGCCCGACUACCUGAGCCAGGUACAAGAGGAGGAGGAGGCGCUGGGAGUCCAGUAUGAGCUAGAGGAGUCCGAACAUCACCCUGUGUACCCGGGCAGCACCUCCACCACCACUGCAGCCUCGUCCUCCUCCUCAGUCCAGAUGCCCGUCAUCUCCCAGGUCUCCUCCUCCACCCAGAAUUGCGAGAACUCCUCCGGCUUCCUUUCACCCGAGCCCCUCGACCCCCUGGAAGCCCCAGCCUCCCUCAAGAUGGACGCCGACGAGACGGCCGCCAUGACAGAGGAGACCAAGACGGACAACAGUGUAGGAGGCAGUUCCCCAGAGGUGUUUGAAGAAGACCCGCAGCAGCAUGCCCAGGCCAAGGAGCUGGCUUCUAUUACCAUAGAGUGAUUCAAGCCUUCUACUUGCCCACCAUGUCUUAUUUUGCAGUCAUGUCAUAUGGGAAUAUCUGUUAAAAGCCUCGGCAGCUAAAAGGGAUAACUUGGACCUGUGCAGAUGUUGAAACGUCAUCACGUGAAGCCGUCAAGACGCCAUGAUUGAAGUUUUCUGAAGACUUCAGUUGCCUUGAUGAAGUUUUUCCAACUUGCAACACAGAUGCACUUAUUUGAGGUUGAUGUUGCACUCCAAUCCUAACCCAACAAAGUAAAUUAUCAUUUUUCUUUGUUUAUGAUAUGAUUUCCCCCCCAAACCUGACUAGAGCAAUUUCAUUGUUGGUGACAUGAGAUUUCGAUAGGUCCUAAAAUCUGAGUUCAGGCCGCCACCAAACCUGAGUUUCAAAGUAGUAUUUUCAGUGAAAGAACAGUAUUUUCUAAGAGUCAUUUUUAAGAAAGGGUGUUUUUCCCAUAUGACGUGAAUGCAGCACUAGCUAAAGUCAUUUCUGUCUUAGCCAAUUUGAGGUCUGUUAAAUCUAAGCCUUGCCCUACUUUUGGAAAGUGCCUGAGAGUUCCGAUUUUAACAAAGCAACGUGUAGAGAAGAAGAGGUCUUGACUUUGCCAACAGUGACAAAUCAAGUCUUUGCAAACUGAGCUAAAUGAAAAAAAUAACAUUGUAUUUUAUUUGUAGUGAUAAUGCUAGUUUGUAUGGGCAGAGACUGUGUUAUUCCUUCAGUGCCGUCGCUAUAGGCAAACUGUUAAAUGUCAAUAUUAUCUAUAUUGCAAUAGCUUGUACUGUAGUUUUACUAUUUGAAUGCUGUGUAUGUUGGGUGUUGUGAAGUAUGAUAUGUCAGGUGUGUGUAUGUGCAUUUCUUUUUAUCUAUAUGAACACAGUACAUUUCAUUUUUAAAUGUUGAAAACUUGAAAUUAUAUUGACAGAGUAUUCCCUUAAGACAUUUGUAUAAUUUUUCUGAUCUAUUACAAGUUAUUUUUUUAUUUUUAAUGAACACUUGUUAAAUCAAACCAUGCAUCUCCAAAAAAAGAACUACAUGCUAGUAGUUGACUAAAACUUGGAUCAGCACUGAUGCAUCUUUUGUUUCAUAAUCCAGCCAAAUAAAUGACAAAAAAAGAUUUAAAUGUAUGUAAGACACGCAUUUCAAAUUUGGAGUUACAAGGUAUUCUCACAGCAUUGUUGUUUCCCAAAUGAGCUCCCCAGAUCUGGAAAUGUAGCAGCUUCAUCCCAGUUGAACUUAGGCCUGCUUUUCAAAUGGCAUUUUUGUUUUUAUGUUUUAAAGUCAGUUUGUGUUUUUUAAAAACUUAUAUAUCUCACACGGUUUUUAGUUUUUGGUCAAUUUACCAACAGGUACACUGCUGAUAUUCAAGGAUAUUGCAUGACUGUUGAGUGAUUUUUCACUUAGGUACAACAUGAUUGUCUUUUUUAAAGUUUUAUCCGUGUGUGACUUUGUGUGAUAUACCAAGAAUAUUCGAAGUGUAGAUUAACCACCAGCGUUCUGUUUCUUUUCUUUACCUAAGUUGUCGCAAAAGGGGGAAAAACUACAUUGUGAGGAAUUCCCUGCCUAAAUUAAAAACAAAAAGAUUACGGCUGCAGCCAGGAAAGCAGGAAGUGAUGCAAACACACAAAGAUUGCUAUCUGUGAUGGCUAGUGUAUCGUCAGAACGGAUCACCAGGAGGUUGGGUUGUAUGUGAUAAUAUUGCUUUAAAAGCAAUAGGAGCAUGCUGAUGAGUGAAUGAAAAUACUGUGAGUUGAAUCAUUUUAAAUGAUUAAUAUAUUGUGUUAGGCAAGAGCUUAUCCUUCACCUUAAACUGAUAGCACAGUUUGGCAGUUGAUUUUACUAACAUCAUUAACUCUUUUAAUGUUGAUUUUGGGUCAAACUUCCAACUCCUGUUCCCUGUGUUGUGCCAACAUGGUUUUAAUUGUCUUCAUUGACAUUGUUGUGCCUGUAUUUUUAGAAGAUAAUGACACACAUGGUAAUACUCCAUGAGUUGAAUGCUACUGACUGUAACUGGGUGUGUUUUUUUUAUUGCUUAUUUUCUGUCGCCCCCUGAACGUACAGCACAGAUUCCGAAAAAAGUUGGAACACUAUCUGAAAACGGUGUGUGAUCGUUUGCUGAUUGUUUUUUAACAUGUACUCAAUUGAAAACUGUACAAAGACAAUAUAUUUAAUGUUCAAACUGGUAACCUUUUAAUGAAUUUUAAGCCAGCAACAAAAAUGCCCUUGUCCCAACAUGGGACAGGUGCAUGUUUACUACUUACUCAGUAAGCAUUUAUGAACUGAACACAAUUGGUGUCACAGUUCUGUGACUUUUCAGAAUGGAUGGUGCCUCCACAGAUGCACAAGUUACACGUUUUAGCACAGAGGACACAAUAUCCCUAAUUUCCAAAAUAAUUUGACGUGUAUGCGUUGGACCACAGCACAUUUACGUCAACUUUUGUCAGUCCAUGUCAGAUGAGCUUUGGCCCAGAGAAGUUGGCGACAUUUCUAAAUGUUGUUGAUAUAUGGAAUGGAACAGUCUUAACUGUCCUUUAUGCAGUCAUGUCAGUUUAAUUCAGUCAUGUCAGUUUAAUUCAGUGCUGUCUUAGGGAUCAAAGGUUACAUACUGUACAUCCAACCCUAAACUUGGUGGUGAACCUCGGCCCAUUCUUGCUUGUGAACAACUGAGCCUUUUGAGGAUGCUCUUUCAUACCCAAUCAUGAUGCUACCACCUGUAACAGAUUAACCUGUUUGUGGAAUGUCCCAACAGGUGUUUUUUGAGCGUUUAACUGUCCCAACUUUUUUUUUAAAUGUGUUGCUGGCAUCAAAUAUGCUGGCAUCAAAUACUCCAUCAAGCUGAUGGGAGAGUCCAUUUACUAUAUUGUCUUUGUACAGUUUUCAAUUGAAUGUAUGUCAAUAGGAAUUGGUAAAUUAUCCCAUGCUACUUUAUUUACAUAGCGUCCCAACGUUUUGGAAUCGGGGCAAUGGUACAAACGGCUGACAUUAAGAAUUAUCACAGCAGGAUGUAAACCUCAUAUACAGGGUUGAUUGUAAAUGUAAGGAUGAAUAUUGCUGUGAUGAGGGAAUCAAUAUGACCCCGUCCUGAUCAUUGAAAUUCACUGAGAGCUGUCUUAAUAAGAGCUUGCGUCACCCUGCGCCAUCCUAUCAGUCACUUUUUCAAAGUUGUGCCAUUUGCCCUUUUUACCUGGGUACAAAUCAUGCUUUUUCCUACAGGACCAAAUGUUCUCUAUCUCAUUGGGGAUUUGCCAUGGCAAUCAGUAAUUGCACAUAAUAAAAGAGAGAUAAUCAUUCUAAGUGGUCCAUGCUAUUUAGCAAAGGGGUCCUGCUGUUUUGCCCCUUAAAACACUGUAUGAUGUUGUGCAUUUAAGAGGCUAGCCUUAGUAAAUGGACCUAAUAACUCUAGUUGCACAAUAUCACAAUUUAAAAAGAAAUGUUUUCUAUCCUCCAUUUGUAUGUCAUGCUUUUCAUCUGUUGUGUUCGAUGUCUGUUCUCAAACAACUUUUAUAUAAUGAAAUGCUGCUGUUUGUUGAAACGCAAAAGUGCCCAAAAUAUUUUUGUGAACCAAUAGUGUGCAAUAAAUGGACAGGUGUUGUUUUAAAAGAUUUCAUUUUGUCUUUGGAAUGGUGAAUUAUAUAUAUAUAUAUAUAUAAAUAUAUAUAAAAAAAGAAUGUAUAAUUUUGUUUUACUCAAAUGUGACUGAAGGUGAAUCAAAUAGGCAAGGACCCCAUUUGAUCUGUGAAACAAGGAACAAAGCUUUGACAUCAAACGACUGGUUCUAUUCAGCUCCUUUCUGUUUGUUUGAAAGUUGCAUGUUCAUAUCGUUCUGUGAAGUGGAGAGCAUGUCUUCAGUUGCCGAUGUGUUCUGUCAAGGCCUUAUUUGUCGUUGACUCUUCAUCCAGCGUAGCUUUGAUCUGUUGUUCAGCAUGCCCUCUUCUUUUCUGUACGUUCUCCCUUUUAUGUGCAAUGUUUUAAAAUAUCUUGAUUAUAUACAGGACAUGCCUUCUCAAUGUACACUUGAUGUUGUAUACGUUUUCCAGUCCUUAUGGUUUAUUUAAGUAGGAAAAUAUAAGAAAAAAAAACAUGGUAGCUCUUCAUAAUGGCAUAUAUAUUUUUGGUGACUUUUGUAUUAUGGUUGCUGUUUCAUGGCAUCUUUGGGUAUUCUUGUUAAAUGUGAAUAGAACAGCUUAGUUUGGGAGUAUGGGGGGCCUUGGUAGUCUUCACUUUGUGACUGUCUGCAAUGUGUGUAUAUAUAUAAAUAUACAGUAUAUACACUCAUACUAUGUUGCAUAUUCUUUAUACCGUAGGCUACUUGAUUACAACCUGCUUUGAGACAGAUGUUGUAUUUUGUGUCUUUGAUACUGUAUUUAAAGUGUAGUUUGGAGAAACUGUACAAAAACAUCCCAGAUAGUAAUGCAACCUGCACAUUGUAUAGGGAGAACUGACGUUUGUGGUGUUGAGUGUUUUAACUGGAUCAUAUUCCACAGUUGGCUGUUAAAAACUGACAAGACCACUCUGUAUUUUAGAGUUUAUGGUUGUUCUGAAUCUUUGCUAGUGUUCUGGCUUUGCAGUCCUGUUAUUAAAAAGAGUUGUUUUUGUAAAAGUAUAAAAUGUAAAUAAAAAAAACCUAUGUCAGAAAGAGUCUACAA